UUCUAAAAAAAACACACACAAACAAAAAGAAAUAAGAAGAAUAUGCGAUCUAUCCGUCUCUAAAAAUUUCUCCCAAAAAUCCCUCUUUUGUUUUUCUGUUAAUCACUUUACUCCCAAGUCGCGAUUACUGUUCAUCUCAAAAGCUCAAAUUCGCUUCUCUGUUCUUCUUCUCCUCAACGAGGGACCCAAAUGCCAACGGGUCAGCAUCAUGUCGUUAGGACAGAUACUUCCGAGUUAAAGUCUCAGCUCGAGAAGAAGAUUGGUCGGGCCAAAACCGAGAGAUACCUUAAUCUCUUGUCCAAAUUCUUGAGCUUGAAAAUCAGCAAACCCGAUUUCGAUAAGCUAGUCGUCGCCACGGUGAAGAAGGAGAACGUUGGUCUGCACAACGCUUUGCUAAGAGGGAUUAUUAAGAAUGUGUGUCUCUCAAAGACAUCGAAUGGUGUUGAAGGAGUAGAGAAGAAGAAGCAAUUGAAUGGUGUCAAGUCUUUAUGCAACGACCUUCCUAAAUCGCCUCGUAAAGGGAGGACUCAAAGGAGGUUGAAUAAGGAUUGUAAUGGAAGCAAAGGAAAGAGUCAAGUCACUGAGGUUGUUUCUUCUAGUUUAAAACAACAAUGGUCAAUGGAAGAUGGUGAAGAAGUUGAUCAGUUGACUCGGUGUUGGAGAAGUCAACCCAUUGAGGCUCCCUUUGGUGUUAAUCUUAGAGAUGUGAGCAAGAGAAGACCUCACGUAGGGACUUGUUACUCCUCUGGUGAGCUUCCUGAUUCUAUUUCUCUAAAGAAGAAAGUUGAAGAAGGCAUGGAGGGAGAAGGACUAGAGGUUUCAGCUGGUUUUGCUAACUCGUUGAACGCUGGACUCAAUGUCUUCUUGAAAAGACUAAUCAAACCGUGUCUAGAAUUAGCAGCUUCAAGGUCUAGUAGCCGAGGGGAAGUUUGUUCUUCUUCUUCUUCAAUAUCUAUGGAAGAUUUUAAAGUAGCUAUGGAGUUAAACCCGUUGAUACUUGGGGAAGAUUGGUCUACAAAGCUUGAAAAGAUCAGGUUAGCUACACCAGAUUUUCAGACAAGCUAACUCUUUAACUAGAUAGAUCAUCUGAUUCUUCCAUUACAGAGUUUGUGUUGGACAACAUCUUUAGGUUUUUGUGUGUGUAUAUAUAUGUCUUGGUGUUUAAUUGCUUGUUGCUGAUUUUAUAUGUUUAGGGUUUGAUUUUUUUAAACAACUUCAAUAAAAGAAAUAAGGUAAUAUUACAGCCAAAA